CGCGACCCCACGCCGGGCAGCGCCGAGCGAGCGGCCCUCCCCUGCGCGCUAUAAAAGCCGCCUCCAGAAAGAGAGGAAAGUCGGCGGGAGAAGAGCAUCGCGGCGCGGUGCCGUUGCUCUCAGGUACAGGCAUGACAUCCGUCCUCGGCGGCAGCAAGGCGUCGGGAGGGUCGAGCGGGCAGCUGAAAUGCAAGUCCAAGAGGAGGAGGAGGAGGAGAUCGAAGAGGAAAGAAAAAGUAAGCAUACUGUCAACCUUUAUAGCACCCUUCAAGUAUCUGAGUCCUGGUUCAAGCACCAUGGAGGAUGAAGACAAUUUAAGUACCAGCAGUGCAGAAGUAAAGGAAAAUCGAAACAUUGGCAACCUGGAGGAUCAUCCAAUAUCAUCCAAUGAGAGGCCAAGAGGGGGAACACCUAGCAGUAAGAGAAAAAGGCCCUUAGAGGAUGGAAAUAAUGGCCAUUUCUGCAAACUCCAGCUCAUCUGGAAGAAAGUCUCAUGGUCAGUGACACCAAAGAAUGCUCUGGUCCAGCUACAUGAACUUAAACCUGGUUUACAAUACAAAAUGGUUUCCCAGACAGGCCCAGUGCACGCUCCAGUCUUUGCUGUUGCUGUGGAAGUAAAUGGACUUACGUUUGAAGGCACAGGACCCGACAAAAAGAAAGCCAAAAUGCGCGCUGCAGAGCUAGCUCUUAAGUCAUUCGUUCAGUUCCCCAAUGCCUGCCAAGCUCACUUUGCCAUGGGGAACUGCAUUAACCCAUCCACGGACUUCACUUCUGAUCAGGCAGACUUCCCAGAUACUCUGUUCAAGGAGUUCGAACCAUCCACACACAGUGAGGACUUUUCGGUCUAUAACCCAGUUAAUAACGAGUUGCUUUCCACCGCUUAUCGACAUGGGCGCUUACUCUGCCACACGUUAGACUUAAUGGGCCACAGUAAGCAGAACAGACACAAGAUGGCAUGCAAAGCGGAGAGUGAGAAGAACCCAGUGGUGCUGCUAAAUGAGCUGCGCUCGGGCCUGCGGUACGUCUGCCUGUCGGAGACCGUGGAGAAGCAGCACAUCAAGAGUUUUGUGAUGGCGGUGCGAGUAGACGGGAGAACAUUUGAAGGCUCAGGACGCAGCAAGAAGCUGGCUAAGGGCCAAGCAGCACAGGCCGCGCUGCAGGCUCUCUUUAACAUUCGGCUGCCCAGCCACAUUCCCAGCAGGAGUAAAUGUCACCAUUUGCCACAGGACUUUGCGGACUCCGUGUACCAAAUGGUUACACAGAAGUUCCAGGAGCUGACAGACAAUUUCACUUCCAUGCAUGCACGCCACAAAACUCUUGCAGGAAUUGUGAUGACCAAAGGUUUGGACAUCAGGCAAGCUCAGGUUAUUGUGCUGUCAUCAGGUACCAAAUGUAUAAAUGGGGAAUACAUUAAUGACCAAGGGCUUGCAGUCAACGAUUGCCAUGCAGAAAUUGUGGCAAGAAGAGCAUUUAUUCACUUCCUCUACUCACAGCUGGAGCUACACUUAAGCAAAAGACGAGAAGACUGGGAGCGAUCAAUCUUCGUGCGAUUAAAAGAGGGAGGCUACAGGCUGCAGGAGAACAUCCUGUUCCAUCUGUACGUGAGCACUUCGCCCUGUGGGGAUGCACGCCUCAACUCCCCCUAUGAAAUCACAACUGACUUGAACAGCAGCAAGCACAUAGUGAGAAAAUAUCGAGGGCACCUCCGAACAAAGAUCGAGUCUGGAGAAGGAACCAUCCCGGUGCGGUGCCAUAACGCGGCCCAGACGUGGGACGGCGUGCUGCUGGGAGAGCAGCUCAUCACCAUGUCCUGCACAGACAAAAUCGCCAGAUGGAACAUCCUUGGGCUCCAAGGUGCUCUUCUCAGCUCUUUCAUCGAACCCAUGUACUUACACAGCAUCGUUGUGGGAAGCCUCUAUCAUACUGGUCACCUUUCCCGGGUAAUGAGCCAUAGAAUAGAAGACAUUGGUCAGCUGCCAGCUUCAUAUCGGCGCAAUCAGCUUCUUCUCAGUGGGGUUAGUCAUGCUGAUGCUCGGCAGCCUGGAAAGUCUCCCAGCUUUAGUGUGAAUUGGAUUGUGGGGAACGCUGAUCUGGAGGUUAUCAACGCCACAACAGGGAAGAGGAACUGCGGGAGCCCCUCACGGCUCUGCAAGCACAUGUUCUUCACUCGGUGGGCAAAGCUUCAUGGCAAGCUGAGCACACGAACACCAAGCCAUGGAGACAUGCCAUCGAUGUACAGCGAGGCGAAGCUAGUGGCUCAAACAUACCAGGCUGUCAAGCAGCAGCUGUUUAAGGCAUUUCAGAAAGCCGGGCUGGGCACCUGGGUGAAGAAACCCCCAGAGCAAGAUCAGUUUCUACUGACUGGGUAAAUCACUCAACACCUCUGCUAUGCGACCAGAUCGAAUCAGCUGGUGAGGAGUCUGGGCAGGACUGAGAAUGGAAGCAACUUGGUAUUUAGUAGCAACCUCCAUAGAAUUAUUUUCUUUUAACUCUGUAUUGGAAAAACAUAAAUAUAAAUGUGUCUGAUGCACUGAAGUCGACUUUAGAAAACUGCUUUUUCAUGAUCCCUUCCCAAGAGUGCACCUGCCCAAAUUAGAAUGCACAAACAGAGAUGCACCCACAAAGAUUUUGCCUGUCAUAGUUUAUCGCUGUUGGUAUUCACAAUCUGAGGUGUUAGCAGGCCACCUGGCUGAUCCCAAACAGUUUGUUUUCCCUCACAGAGUCAGUGCAAGAGUCAUCACUGAAUAAUGGAAAACAGUAAGCAAAGAUGGAAGCACCCCAGGCACUCAGCAGGGCUCUGGGCAUCCAUAAUCAUCCACAAAUAAAGGUGUUGGACCUCUAUGCAAAAUCAUCCUGUUCACUGCCUAAAUCUGUGACAAAGAAUUUGGGCCUUGAAGAUAUGCAGCAUUUUUAAACUCUGCUUCCCACUGCUGGUUCUGAGCACAACGCCGGGCGUCAGCUUUCCCUUGGUGUUUACACUGCACUCCUCUGGUGCUGUGGACAUACUAUUUCCCACCACACCUCUGAUCCUGGCCAUGAGUUUCGCACGCUGCAAAUAUGAAUUAUCUGAGCCUAUUCACACCACAUAUGUCCCUUAUAAACCAUCUGGGUGUCCCUCAUCCCACUGGAGUGCCACUGGGGCUGGUGCUCUCUAUUGUGCUGGGCUGUAGGACCACUGUGAGGAUGCUCCCAGAUCCAGAGAUCAGGGAGCUGCUAGAAAUCAUUCAGGCUGGAGCCAGCACCCAGGACCUCAGAUCUCACAGCUCCUGAGAAUCCACUGCUCUAAAUUAAGUCGAUGUGAGCUCAGGAUGCUACCAAUUGUGUUGGGUAUCCACAACAGAGACGUCCCAAACUAGGCAGUACCUUUGGUACUUGGCUCUUUCCUGACUCAGUUUCUCCAUCCACAAAAUGGGGAUAAUAACAUAUGCUUCACAUCUAAAGAAGUUGGCAGGAACAGAGUGUUCUGGUCUUAUCUGUCCCAGAUAAGCUAGAUGCUGUCACUUUUACAGUGAGUUUCACCUCUGCACAUUGUCUAAUUGACAUAAAAGCAGUAGAUAGAACUACAAACUUGAGUAAGGUCCCUCUCCAUGUAAGAGUUUCCAGAUUCUAACUCUGUAUAAAUGACAAAUAUUAUUGUUUCUCAGUUAGGAGGCAAGUAAUCUUUCCUGUAUAAUUGUAACUGGAUCUGAUAGUAUCUCAUUUUUACAUCAUCCCAAACUUCAUCAGAAUGAAAAAGAUACUGUCGUGGGAGAAACAAGCUUUGAUAGUCCCACUGCAGAAUCAACCUUCAAAUGCCCUGCAUAUUUCUUUUGUGUUUUUAUUUAUUUUUUUUUUUAAUGACAGGAUUUGCGGGUAUAUAACUACUGUUUUCUUUUUAUUCUUGUGAUUCUCUUUAAACCUGUAUAUAACAUGCUGCUACUGAUUUGUGAUAAUUGUCUUGGUAUUUUCUCAGAACUGUCAAGUUGAGUUACUUUUCAAACAACACAAGGCUCAUAUUUUUCCAUGUAAUUUCCUUUACAUAAGAAACUGUUCCUAUCAAUAAAAAUAGAUGUUCUUUGAAUAGGGUUUAUCAUGUUUGGAGAGCCAUAUACAGUAAAUACAUUGUUUAUUGAUGCCCACAAUAGAAUAGCUGCAGUAUUUUGAUGAAAUUUUAUUUUUAGAUUAUAAACUGCAAAAUGUAUCUAUAGUGUCUUGUAUAAAAACAAUUGUGAUAAACUAGAAUUUUUAAAUUAGAUAAAACAAAGCUCCCCCCUUCCAGAAAGCUUUUCAGCAAAAUAAUACAUUCCAUAUUAACUACCAAAAAUAUUCAAAUAAAAAAAAAUCCUUAGAGUAGAAAUAAUAAAAACAAAAAAUACCCAAGACAUUUUCAGUAAUGGAAGCAUUUUGUGGUACCCACUUUGUCAAUAUUUUGACUACUUUCUCAGCCAUUCUGGUUAGCAUUCUGAAUAUUUCUGGCACCUGCUGGAGCUUCUCACUCCUUCACAUGGUCCUUUCCUCCAGCUCAGCCAUCCCUGCUGCAGAGCCCCCACAAGGUCUGGGCAGCUGGAGGGCAACAGGAGGGCUUGGGGUCAUGACCAUGGCCAGUGGUGCAGUAGAUGCUGUGAGUAAUGCUAGUGGUGAUGGUUGCAGGGGCUGCAACCCUCUGAGGGAGGGAAGCCAUGGGAAAGCCAAAGAGGAGGAUGAGGGCUUUUGGGCAGAGACCCAUAGGGCAUGGGGAAGCAAUGUCUUCUACUUUUCCUUUUCGAGUUAGUCUUUUCCUGGCACACGAGAGACCUCAAGGCUUCUCCUUACAUUUCCCAGCCCUUUCCCGCUCUCCUUCAGCCCCGGCACAGUGGCCACUCAACAAAUGCAUAAAGCUCCACAGGCUGGUGGUGCAGCUAAGGUGACAACAAAAGGCUGCACCUGGUUAUUUUUAAGGACAAAAAGAAAAGUGUGGCAAGAUUUAAUUAUCCUUUGUUGCAAGAAAUACGUAAAUGAAAUCCUGGAUUCAGGUGCAGUGGGGAUCAAACGAAGUUCCCCUUGCUAGUGGGCAUCAGCUGGUCCCUCUGAAGACAAUGGAGUUGCCCCUCCACUUGCACAAGAGUUGAACAUGACCUUAAAUGUCUACUUCUCGUUAUGUGCAGCUAUAGAGUGUGGUGGGACCAGCUCCCAGAAGCACGCAUGACCUACAUGCAACAUUUCCUGAAGCAAAGGAAAACUUGCUCAGUAGUAAUCUUUUAGUGAAGAUUCUGUACAUAACACGCAUGAGUGAAUGGCAAUACUGUACUAAUGGAUGUACAUUUGUAACAUUUGUAUAAAAAAAAAAAAAGAAACAAAAAAGGACAGGAGAAAAUAAAUCUAAAUUUACAUAUGUGAAUUUGCUGCUAAAUUCUGUAAAUUGCACUUCAGUGAUACCUAAUAAGUGAAUGUUUCUGUUAAGUGAAUAAAAUGCCAAGUGAAAUUGUUCUUUCACUGUUUGUUGACCAUUUUUCACAGUGGCUUAGAAAUCAGUUUGCAAAUGCUUCAAAAUACACUAACAUAUUUUUAUACACACAUAGUAGAUCUCUAGUCAACAUGUUCUUGUUCUGUUUGGAUUUGGUGUGUCAUAGGAAACACACACAUUGAUGGUUGCUGGUAAGGGAAGAAGCCUUCUAGGGACAGUCAUAUAUGACUGAGCUGAGACUGCCACUAACUUAUUUC